AUGUUUCGAAGGGUCGUUGUCGGCAUUUCUGGUGGCGUAGAUAGUGCUGUAUCUGCGUAUCUUCUAAAGAAACAAGGUUUCGAAGUAUGUGGUGCUUUCAUGAAAAAUUGGGACCUCAUCGACGAAUCCGGUUACUGUUCCGGUGAGCAGGAUUGGGAUGACGCUCAGCGGUUGUGUCGAAAGCUGAAUAUACCGUUAGAACAGAUAAACUUUGUUAAGGACUACUGGGUAGAAGUGUUUGGAAAUUUUCUGAAGGAUUAUGACGCAGGAAUUACACCAAACCCAGACAUACUCUGCAACAGGCACAUAAAAUUCAAUCGAUUUUUUCAUUACGCCCGCGAUCGCUUGAAUGCUGACGCUAUUGCAACCGGUCAUUAUGCAAGAACUAAUUUUGGGCCAUUUCUGGAGGAUUAUAGCGAAAAAGAAAAAGUUCGCCUAUUCAUGGCACCGGAUCCUAUUAAGGAUCAAACAUUCUUCCUCUCCCAAAUUACUGCUGACGCGCUUCGACGUACGAUGUUCCCGAUUGGUUCCCUAACCAAACCACAAGUCAAGCAGAUAGCCACCGAAGUGGGACUGGAAUCGUUCGCGCGAAAAAAGGAAAGCAUGGGGAUCUGCUUCGUGGGAAAGCGAUCCUUCCAGCAGUUCAUCGGCGAGUACAUAGAACCAAAGCCGGGACCUUUCAUAGACGCUGACAGUGGGCGAGAGGUAGGACGGCAUGCCGGCAUACACCACUGGACCGUUGGACAGAAGUGCAAAAUUGGUGGCUGUUUGCAGCCCUACUACGUGCUGCGUAAACAUCCCGAUACGAACAUUAUCGACGUGGUAUCUGGACAUGAUCAUCCGCUGCUUUACACCGAUAUGGUGUACGCCGAGCACCCAGUUUGGAUUAAUGUUCCACCAGGAUUGAAAGAAGGCUCCGUGGUACGGUGUGAGUUUCGCUUCCAACACACGAAACCACUGGUAGGCUGUAGCAUAUUUGAAUCGAUCUCAAAGAGUGAUCAAUCACUUAAGAAGCUUUUUGUUAAGCUCGAUAAACCUCUGAGAGCCAUCACGCCCGGACAAUAUGCUGUAUUUUAUCGAAAUGAAGAGUGUUUCGGAAGUGCGCGAAUAUUACAACCGGGCCCAUCUGUAGCUUAUAGUUCUAAAGGUUUGUACCAAUACGAGGCAAGUGCAUCAAAUGUUAUAUUAUGAUAACUACAUGCGUUAUCUAUUGAAAAAAGUAU